UUCUUAGGUUCUUCACACAUUCAUUUUUGUUCCUCUUCCCUGAGAUCUCAAGCCUGGCUGGGGUUGGUUGCAAAAGAUAUUGGUAUUUAUAAUGCUUUGGUAUUUCAUAGAAAAGCAUCUCUUUUUUUUCUUUAGUCAAAUAAUCCAUCUGUUUAGUAUCUGUAAGAUAAUUCUCACUGUUAAUAAAAACAGAAGAGCAACUGACGUUAGUUCUGUUAGUGAUGAUUGUGUCCAUAAUGCUACGUGCUUCCUUCUUGGUCAAGUGGAUAUGGGGUAAAUGUAAGUGCUAUGAGGUGAUUACUCCAAUUUUUAAUUACUGAUUAAUUUUGUUCAAUUAAUACAGUAAGAAAUGCUUCACUUUAUACUUAAGUAGGCUGUUUUGUUUAGGGGAAACUGAGCUGUACUUCAGCUCGUUUAGCUAACUAGACUAAUUCAGCGCUAGUCAAUCAGCUGUCUGGUAUUUUUGCCUUUCCAAAAAUAAUGGUAAUUAAUUCUGAAGGUACACAUGCAUUUUGUAUGAGUUAGUGUCUGUCUUUAUACUGCAGAACCUCAUAUUAAAGCAUUGUAAGGAUAUUUAGAAAGCGCAGACUUGUCUUCACUAUUCAGCUUAAGAAAAAAAAUCCUGUGAAACUAUUCACUUUGAUCUGCAUAAAAGAAGAGGCAUCUGCCAUCUUUGAAGUGCUGUGUCUGCAAAGUCAGUCAAACUAAAUGGGAAAGCAUAAGUUACCAGAAGUCAAGACUGUUUACACUUGAAGGGUGAUUGAACAAAUCUAGCACACCUGUUAACUUGAGUCAAGCCGGAACGCUUGUGAAAAAAGCCAGUGUUUGCUUCCUGGUUGUUGGGGAAAGAUUCCACUUUCAGGUUAUCUGACAUGGUGGUUUGAAAAAUCAAACUUUCCGAUAUGAACAAAGUAAAAACAUCAUCUGAGAAAAGCGGUUCUGCCACUUCUCGGACCAUGUCUCUGCUGUCACAGCUGGAGAAGAUCAAUUCGGAUUCCUUAGCAGGAGAAGUAGAAAAUGCAAGAUAUGUUACCGCAAAGAUCCUUCAUCUGGUUCAGAGUCAAGAAAAAACUAGGAAAGAGAUGACUUCUAAGGGUUCCACCGGAAUAGAAAUUACUCUUUCAACUUUAGAGAAUACAAGAGAUCCUCAAACUACUUCAAAUAUUUUGAAUAUUCUCAUUGAAUUAGUCUCAGUUGGUGGUGGUCGAAGAGCAAGUGUCUUGGUUACUAAAGGAGGGACACAGAUCUUAUUGCAGUUACUUUUGAAUUUCAGCAAAGACUCUCCACCAAAUGAGGAGUUAAUGGUGCUUCUUCACACCCUUCUUGCAAAAAUUGGUCCAAAAGAUAAAAAGAUUGGCAUGAAGGCUAGAAUUAAUGGUGCCCUGAACAUAUCCUUGAAUUUGGUAAAGCAGAACUUGCAGAACCAUAGGUUAAUAUUGCCCUGUCUUCAAGUAUUAAGAGUUUACUCGUCCAACUCUGUAAAUGCAGUAUCUUUGGGAAAAAACGGAGUAGUAGAGCUGAUGUUUAAGAUCAUUGGCCCUUUCAGUAAAAAGAACACUAGCCUUAUGAAGGUUGCUUUAGACACACUUGCUGCAUUGCUAAAAUCAAAGACAAAUGCCAGGAGAGCAGUAUACAGAGGAUAUGUACAUGUGCUGUUGACAAUUUAUGUAGACUGGCAUCGUCAUGAUAGUCGACAUAGAUACAUGCUGAUACGUAAAGGCAUUUUACAAUGCAUUAAAAGUAUUACAAACAUCAAAUUAGGAAGGAAGGCAUUCAUUGAUGCCAAUGGGACACUUGUCAACACAUCCAGCCUGAUUAUGAGAAAAUGCUUUCCUAAAAAUCGUCUUCCUUUACCAACUAUAAAAAGUGCUUUCCAUUUCCAACUACCAGUUAUUCCGGCUAAUGGUCCCGUGGCUCAGCUAUACAAUUUACCUCCUGAAGUGGAUGAUGUAGUGGAUGAAAGUGAUGACAAUGAUGAUGUUGAAGCAGAAUCAGAAGUUGAAACUGAAAAUGAAGAUGACAAGGACCAAGAUUUUAAGAAUGAUGACAUUGAGACUGAUAUAAAUAAACUGAAACCUACACAGGAAUUGGGGCGACCAGUAGAAGAACUGAAAAUGUAUGAGCAAUUUUUCCCAGAACUUUUGGAAAACUUUCAGGAAUGUGACUUAGUCUCCAAGGAACCAAAGCCUUUUCGAUCUGAUGCAAAUCUGUGUGGGCCUAUUGUGGUUCCGACAGCAGGAGAGGAGCACUGUUCAGAAGCAAACCCCUCAGUAAAAGAAAUUUCUCUAAAGGAGAGCCAUUUUUUGUUGACAGAGGAAUGCAAUAUAAGACCAGCCUUCCUGGAAUUGCCGAAAAAAGAUAGUAGCAAAGACAGUAGGUUACAUCAGCAAAAUGAUCAAAAGACGAUGAUCCCAACUUGCCAGUGUCUGAGCCAAGAAAUUGUGAAAGGCUUGGACAGAAUCACGCUGCAAAACACUGCAAAAAAUGAACAGUAUUUUGGUACAGGUUGUGCUAUAAAGAAGGAAAGCAAAACUAGCCUUACCACCCUUGCUUGCAGUAAGCCUUGUGAGCAUGUUUCACCUUGCAAAAGUAGCCUUUUUGAGGGAUCACCUGUUCAGCUGGGAAAACUAUGCUGUACUGGGGUGGAUUCUGAGGAAGAUGAUGAUUCUGGAUCAAAUUCUUCAGGGGAGCAAGUGAUUCUUGAAGUUUCUGAUAUAUCACCAGUUCAUGACUCUGAUCUUUACAUUGAAAUGGUAAAAAACACAAAGUCUGUCCCUGAGUAUUCUGAAGUGGCCUAUCCAGAUUAUUUUGGCCAUAUGCCACCCUCAUUUAAGGAGCCUAUUCUGGAAAGGCCUUACGGGGUGCAGAGGACAAAAAUCUCUCAAGAUAUUGAAAGACUGAUUCAUCAAAAUGAUAUUAUAGAUAGAGUUGUGUAUGACCUUGACAAUUCCAGUUAUUCAGUUCCUGAGGAAGCAGAUGUUUUGAAGUUUAAUUCAAAAUUUGAAUCUGGAAACCUGCGCAAAGUCAUUCAAAUCAGAAAAAAUGAAUAUGAUCUGAUUCUGAACUCAGAUAUAAAUAGCAAUCACUAUCAUCAGUGGUUUUACUUUGAAGUCAGUGGAAUGAAAACUGGCAUUGGAUACCGGUUUAACAUCAUCAACUGUGAAAAGUCCAACAGUCAAUUUAACUAUGGUAUGCAACCGCUCAUGUAUUCUGUUCAGGAAGCAUUACAUUCUAGACCGUGUUGGACUCGUGUUGGGACAGAUAUUUGUUACUACAAGAACCACUUUUCAAGAAGUUCUAUUGCCGCUGGAGGUCAGAAAGGAAAAUCUUAUUACACAAUUACAUUCACAGUGACUUUCCAACAUAAGGAUGAUGUCUGCUACUUUGCUUAUCAUUAUCCAUAUACCUAUUCGACCUUAAAGAUGCAUCUACAGAAAUUGGAAUCCAUGCACAACCCUCAGCAGAUAUAUUUUCGGCAUGAUGCUCUCUGUGAGACACUGGCUGGCAACAGUUGUCCGAUAGUCACUAUUACAGCCAUGCCAGAGUCAAAUAGCUAUGAACAUGUCUGUCAGUUCAGGAAUCGUCCUUAUAUUUUCCUAACUGCUCGUGUACAUCCUGGAGAGACAAAUGCAAGUUGGGUUAUGAAGGGAACGCUGGAGUAUCUUAUGAGCAAUAAUCCAAGUGCCCAAAGCUUACGAGAAUCUUAUAUUUUCAAAAUUAUUCCAAUGCUCAAUCCAGAUGGUGUCAUCAAUGGAAACCACCGUUGCUCCUUAAGUGGAGAGGAUUUAAACAGACAAUGGCAAAAUCCAAAUCCAGAUCUGCAUCCCACAAUUUACCAUGCCAAAGGCCUACUGCAGUAUCUGUCUUCUAUAAAACGUUUACCACUGGUCUACUGUGAUUAUCAUGGUCAUUCUCGUAAAAAGAAUGUGUUUAUGUAUGGCUGCAGUAUAAAAGAGACAAUGUGGCACACUAAUGUUAGUUCUUCCUCUUGUGACUUGAUUGAAGACUCUGGUUACAGGGUGCUCCCUAAGAUUCUCAGUCAGACUGCCCCGGCAUUCUGCAUGGGCAGCUGCAGCUUUGUGGUGGAAAAGUCAAAGGAAUCAACAGCACGGGUUGUUGUCUGGAGAGAAAUAGGAGUACAAAGAAGCUACACAAUGGAAAGCACAUUAUGUGGAUGUGACCAGGGUAAAUAUAAGGGAUUGCAGAUAGGGACAAGAGAACUGGAGGAGAUGGGAGCCAAGUUCUCCCUUGCCUUACUGCGUUUAAAAAGACUGGCUUCACCUUUGGAAUACAAUCUGCCUUCUAGUCUGGAUAUUGAAAGUGACCUGAUUGAGUCAAGCUGUAAAGUGACAAGCCCCACUACGUACGUUUUGGAUGAAGAUGAGCCUCGCUUCCUUGAAGAAAUUGAUUACAGCGCAGAGAGUAAUGAUGACCCAGACAUUGAAUUAGCUGAUAAUGCAGGCGAUUAUGAGGCUGCUAAUCAAGAAGAUGGACUUUCAGACUCAGAAUCAACAAGGAUACUCCUUUCUUGAAUCAUCUUCACAACCAAUAAUGAGAAAUAAAGUACAUUGGAUUUUCAGGAUCAUACUUCCUUACUCUUGUCUAUCAAGAGAUUUGACUUAAGGGGAUGUAGCAGGGGCCUGUCUAGUUCAGAGACAGUACAUGUUUCUGGUCUAUGAUAAAUUGGCCUUUGUUUUAUUUAAGGAAUUCUGCACUUUCACUUAGCACUGAAUAAAUAAAUUUCUUUUAACAGUUCUU